CUUGGAGCUGCUGCUGGCCCCGCUGGGGGCGGCAGGGGGGCGGCCACCCACCUCCUCCUCCUCCUCCUCCUCUUCCCCCUCCCCCUCCUUCCCCUCCUCCUCUUCUGGUGGUGGGCCCGGCCGCAGCAGCCCGCCUCCCCCGCUGCGACCUCACCCUCGGGUGUCCCCCGAGCUGCUACUGCGGGCGCUGUUGGCGGCGCUGCGGCGCGGGCAGCUGGCGGGGGCGGCCAGGUUGCAGCUGACGGCCUCCGGGGGCAGUUGGGAGUGGCAGCUGAGCGCCUCCGCAGCGCUGCUAAACACGCCGGGCUGUCAGGGCCUUAUGCGGGCUGGCGGGGCCAGGCUGGGGCCUUCCGCGCUGGUUGACCCGCAACAGAGCUUUGUACCUGGAUUCGAACCCGGGUCGGGAGCUGCCGUGCCUUCGCUGCGCAUGCUUCAGGAAGUGACAUUGUUGGAUGCGCUAGGGGAACCAUUUGAAUGGUCAGAGGAGGAGGAAGAGGAGGAGAGGGGAGGAGGGGAGGUUGUGGGGAGCGGGUUGUCGGAGCAGCAAGGAAAGCGAGGUG